AUGUCAAAAGAACAAACUAGUACGAUAGACGAGAAAUAUCAGAAUGUUUCAGUUUUAAUUAAUGAUGAUAAAAGUUCACAAGAUCUAUUUUAUAAUGAAGAUGAGGGUUAUGAUUACGAUGAUUCGGCAAAUUAUAGUACCAACUAUUCAGAUGAACAUAACCCAAGGGGUUUAAGAAGACCGAAUAAGUCAGAAAUGAAAUCAUUAAGAAGAAUAAUAGGUCCUAUCAAAUGGUCGGUUGUAUUGAUUUGUUUUGUUGAAUUUGCUGAAAGGGCUUCAUAUUAUUCAGUUACAGGUAUAUUAUCAAAUUUUAUUCAACGUCCUUUACCAAAAGAUUCGCCUCACGGUUGGGGUGCACCAAAGAAUACAUCUGGUGAUGAAAAUGCUGGAGCAUUAGGUCAGGGGUUACAAACUACAAAUGCUUUAACAAAUCUUCUUACAUUCUUAGCUUAUGUUAUUCCAAUUUUCACUGGUUAUGUUGCUGAUAGUUCUAUCGGUAGAUGGAAAGCUAUUCAAUGGGGGGUUUUAUUUGGGGGUAUUUCACAUUUAUUGUUUAUUAUUGCAGCUGCUCCGACUUUAAUUGCAAACGGUAAAGCUGGUUUAGCUAUUUGUAUUAUUGCCAUUAUUACUUUAGCUUUAGGAACAGGUUUCAUCAAACCCAAUCUAUUACCACUCAUGUUAGAUCAAUAUCCUGAAGAUUAUGAUAUGGUGAAAGUAUUACCUUCAGGUGAAAAAGUCAUACUUGAUAGAAAUAAAGCUUUGGAAAGAAUGACAUUAGUUUUUUAUUGGGCUAUUAAUAUUGGUGCAUUUUUUCAACUUGCAACAUCUUAUUGUGAACGUAGAGUUGGUUUUUGGUUAGCUUUUUUUGUUCCAAUGAUUUUAUAUUUAUUGAUGCCUUUGUUUUUAUGGUGGGUAAAACCAAAAUUAAGAUUUGAAACUCCUAGAGGUUCCGUUUUAAAUAAUUCAGUUAAAGUUUUUACCAUAGUAUUUCAAGGGAAUUUUGUUAAACGUUUAAUUAAUGGUACAUUUUGGGAGUAUGCUAAACCAAGUAAUAUGAAAGAAAGAGGACUUGAAUAUUUUAAUUCAAAAAAACAAUCUCCAAUAACAUGGAAUGAUCAAUUUGUUAUGGAUGUCCAACAAACAAUUGAUGCUUGUAAACUAUUUGCUUAUUAUGUUGUUUUUAAUUUAGCUGAUAGUGGGUUAGGUUCUGUUGAAAAUUCAUUAAUUGGUGCUAUGUCCACAAAUGGUGUACCUAAUGAUUUGUUUAAUAACUUUAAUCCCUUGACUAUUAUUGUUUUGAUUCCAAUAUUAGAUAAUAUAAUUUAUCCAUUUUUUAGAAAACAUCAUAUUGAUUUUAAACCAGUUUAUAGAAUUGCAUUUGGUUUUGUUGUUUGUGCUAUGUCUCAAGUCGCGGGUGCUGUAUUACAACAUCAAGUUUACCAGAAAUCCCCUUGUGGUGCUAACGGUGCUACUGUUUGUGGGGAAAAUGGAACUGUUGCUGAUAUCACCGCAUGGAAAGCUUCUUCUUUAUAUAUUUUAGGUGCAGCUGGUGAAUGUUUUGCUAUGACUACUGGUUACGAAUUAGCAUAUACAAGAAGUCCACCACAUAUGAGAUCAUUAUUAUCAGCAUUAUUUCUAUUAAAUUCUGCAAUUGCUGCUGCUAUUUCAGAAGCUAUAACACCAGCAUUAAAAGAUCCAUAUUUAGUAUGGGUUUUUGCUGCCAUUGGUAUAGCUACAGUUGUUUGUGCGGCUGGUUUAUUAUGGCAAUUUUGGAACUUAGAUAAGGUUAUGCUUGAAGAAGCUAAUGAAAGAGAAUAUUUGGACAGAAAACAAGCAAAAGAAGUUCUCAAAGAAACAGAAGAAGCAGUAGAUAAUAACUUGCAAGCUAUCACAUCUGUUAAAUCUAAUUUACAAGCUAGAUAA